UCUUCUUUCUUGUCAUCUUGUUCCCCUUUAAUUUUAUCUGACUUGCAGUUUGUGAUCAGAAAAAAUAUCAUCGACAAAAUUGAUAUGAAUAAAUACGAAUAUCUAUAUUCAUCUAUAUUUAUGCUUAUUUAUGCUCUCUUUCCUGCGCUAUGCUUUUAAAUUCCGAAUUUUGCUUUUUUUAAAUUCCUAUCAAUCAGAUUCUUUAUCUCUGCCUUCUAUUUACUGAUAUCAUCAAAGUUUUUAUCAAAAUUUUUGGUUAAAAAUUAAAAAUUACACAUGAUAAGUAUCGAUAUCGAUAGCUAUUACUGAUAUCGAUAAUAUCGACCAACUGUGCUUGUAGUCAGUAAGUUACAGUGUAAUGACAAGCCUGACUUUAAACAAUUUAGUUUUUUAAUUUUUAGGUUGGUUUGUUUCCAUAUUUUGCAAUGUCUUUUUCAAACGAAGGCCUAUCUCCUGUUCAACUUUCAAGUUUACAGUCAUUUAAUUGUGAUGAACUCAAGGUUAAUCUUUUUCGUGAAGAAUCUGUUAGUGAGGAAAAAUUGGCGACAUUCCUUCGGAUUCGACCAUUGGAAAAUUUGUGCCUGGAAGACAGUCCAUAUGAAAUCAUUGACUCCAAUCUCCUCAGCGUUGAUCUUAUUGAAAAAGAUUUCGUCCCUCAGCAUCGUAAAAAAGCGAAAAAAAGAAUUGUCAAAUUUACCGAGAUAUUUGAUGAUUCUUCAAGUCAGUCAACUGUCUUUAACAAAUGUUGCUUGCCUCUAAUAAAUGAAGUCAUUGCUGGAACAAAUGCUCUUCUCUUUUGCUUUGGAACAACAUCUAGUGGUAAAUCAUAUACAAUGAGAGGACCUCCUGAUGAUCCAACGUCUGAUCCUGGCUUGAUUCCCUUGUCAUUUAAAAAACUUUUUGAAUUAAGAAAGUUUAUUGAUACACCUUUGAUCGGGAAAUCUAAAUUCUGUGAUACUUUUCUUCUUGACCAAGAGCAGCAAGCAAUCGAGUUGGAAUUCAAAUCAUCCCUUCUAUCAAGUUCUUCUUGUCGAAAUAUAUCAGCUUUUUAUGAAGCAGAUAGUUCAGAUCACGUUAUUAUGGAUGAUUAUGAAUAUAUUUGCUACAUUUCGUAUUUUGAAAUUUACAAUGGCUUCAUCUAUGACUUACUAGUACCAACUGCUGGAGGUCGCGGACCUGCCCUGUCCCUUUAUCCCGAUGAUAAACAGCGCUAUUUUGUCAAAGAUUUAAAAUCAGUAAUGGCUUCAUCACUUACUGAAGCUCUGCAAAUUUAUUCCUUUGGUUGGACAAAUCUUCAAAGGAAUAUUCAAGAAACUGGUUUGAAUAAAAAUUCAAGUCGAAGUCAUUCCUUUUUGUGUAUAUCAUUGAUAAAGUUUAAAGAAGAUCAAGGAGUACUUCUGGAGUCUCAAGUUUCUCACUUAACGUUUGGCGAUCUAGCAGGAUCUGAAAGGCAGAAUAAAACACACUCUGAAGGUCUCAGAGUUAAAGAAGGAGGUAACAUAAAUGUUUCUCUCAUGCAUCUCAAAGAAUGUUUCAAUCAGACCAAAGCAAGUCAAAAAAAUCCGGCAAAAAAUACUAUGAUUCAAUUCCGCAAUUCGAGUUUAACCAAAUUCUUUCAGCCAUAUCUUACUGGAACUGGAAGAGUUUGGAUGAUCAUCAACAUCAACCCGUCACCCUCACUUCUUCCAGAAACUCUCGGCUCGCUUGAUUUUGGAGAAACUGCAUCCCAUAUCUCUGUCAAUUCCACUUAUCAUGCAGAAGAAACAAAGCGCAGAAUUACCCAAUUAUGGCUAAAAUCUUCUCAGCGAUGGUCUUCAUUUGCUGAUAGAUCUAGAAUCCCCGAUAUUCCUGAAGUAGUUAUUGAAGAAGAUGCCGACUUAAAGAUGAUCCCUCAGGAUGCAGAUGAAAUUAAAAAGGAGAUUGAAAGCCAAGUAUUAAAAGAAGUUUCCGAGGAAGUCGAUAGAAUAUAUGCUGAGCUUCAGAAAAAACACGAAGAAGACUUACAAUCUACGAUUGAAAACUAUGAAAGAACCAUGGAAGCAAGACUUAAAUUGCAAGAAAAAAGGUUGCAAAAAGUUGUGGAUGAAUUGCAAGAGGAAAUUUCUGAUGUUCAAAACGCAAAGGUGAAACUAGAGGAAGAAUUAAAAUCUGCUGAAACCAAAAUUGCCGAUAAAUUCAAGGAAGAGAUUCUGAGUCUACAAAAUGAGCUUUCUGAUGCUAAGAAUGCAAAAACUCAACUUGAGGAAGAAUUGAAAUCUACCGAAACCAAAAUUGCUGAUAAAUUUAAGGAUGAAAUAUUGAAUCUAAAAAACGAGCUUCUUAAUGUUAAAAUUACAAAGGAGAAAUUAGAGGAAGAAUUACAGACCGCUGAAGUUAGGAUUGCCGAUAAAUUCAAGGAAGAGAUUCGGAGUCUAAAAAAUGAGCUUCUCGAUGUUAAAAACGCAAAAGCUCAACUUGAAGAGGACUUGAAGUCUACUGAAACCAAAAUUGCCGAUGAAUACAAAAAACAGAUUCUAAAUCUAGAAAAUGAGCUUUCUGAUGUUAAAAAUGCAAAGACAAAACUUGAAGAAGAACGAAAAUCUGGUGAAGCAAAGAUGACCAAUGAAUUCAAGGAAAAAAUUCUGAGUCUAGAAAAUGAACUGACUAAUGUUAAAAACUCAAAAUCUCAGCUGGAAGAAGACUUUAAGUCUACUGAAACUAAAAUUGCCGAAGAAUUCAAGAAACAGAUCCAUGAUCUGAAAACCGAGCUUUCUGAUGUUAAAAACGCAAAAGCUCAGCUGGAGGAAGAAUUGAAGUCUACUGGAACCAAAAUUGCUGAUGAAUUCAAGGAAGAAAUUCUAAGUUUAAAAAAUAAGUUUUCUGAUGUUCAAAACGCAAAGGUGAAACUAGAGGAAGAAUUAAAAUCUACUGAAACAAAAUUUUCCGGAAAAUUCAAGGAAGAGAUUCAAAAUCUACAAAACGAGCUUCUUCAUGUUAAAAAUGCAAAAGCAAAAUUAGAGGAAGAAUUAAAAUCUGGUGAAACCAAGAUGGCUGAUGAAUUCAAGAAAGAAAUCCUGAGUCUAAAAAAUGAGCUUCUUGAUGCUAAAAGCGCAAAAACUCAGCUUGAAGAAGAAUUGAAGUCUACUGAAACCAAAAUUGCCGAUAAGUUCCAAGAUGAAAUAGCGAAUCUAAAAAAGGAUCUUCUUGGUGUUGAAAAAGCAAAAUCCCGGCUUGAAGUAGAAUUGAAAUCUACUGAAACGAAAUUUUCUGCUAAAUUUAAAGAUGACACAAAGAAUUUGAAAAAUGAGCUUCUCGAUGUUACGAACGCUAAAACUCAGCUUGAGGAAGAAUUGAAAUCUAUUGAAAGUAAAUUUUCCGAUAAAUUCAAGGAUGAAAUAGCGAAUCUGAAAAAUGAGCUCCAGGAUGUUAAAACUGCAAAGGAGAAACUAGAGGAAGAAUUAAAAACCGCCGAAGCUAAAAUUGUUUCUCUUUCGGAGAAUCGAGAUCUUCAGUCUCAAGCAACACUUGCUCCUAAAAAUACGUUUGAAGGUAUAGACAAACUUGCGAGCGCUAGAAAAGGAUCGAGAGAGAUUACGAUAGACUCGAACUACUUACCCGAAGUUUCUGGUUGGGCUAAGAAAAAAACUACAGAAAGUGUAUCUUCAUCUCCAUCAACUGAUGUCACUAAUGCAUACUUGAAAAGAUUUCAAGCACAAAGUACGACCAAAAAAUCAACCAGUAAAGCAGCUAGGAAACCGGCUAGAAAAUCAGCAAGAAAAGUUUCCAAAAGUUCAGUGCAAAGUGAUACUCGUGAUGAAAGCGAGGAUGAUUUGGUAAGCCUGUUAAGAUCAACAACAAAACCAAAGAAGAAAAAGGCUAAAGAUGAAGAAGAGGAAAAAAUACCCGUGAAAAGAUUUAAAUUACCUAAGGACGAUGGUCUUUUGGAUUCAUUGUCACCUCACUUUGAAGACGAACCUGCCCAAAACAUCAAAGGCGGUAGAGUUUUAAGGCCAAGAAGGCAAAUCAAAUUUUAGUGUAUUUUAUCUACCCAAGUUUGUAUUCAAAUCAUUAUCACUAUUUCGACUGUCAGUAUGUUAUGCAAUUUUAAAGCUGACUUUCUUUCCAAAUUAAAUUCAUUAUUCCUUAUCAA